CGGAGACAAUAGGACUGGAGCAAGAGAGCUUGCGAAAGUGCUAGCGGUCAGCUGAGCAAUGCGAAUUUACCGCUAGACCGGGUGUCAACAGCACGAUAAGGUACAUUUGAAUGCAGACGGGGAAGAUACAUUGUUAUAUUAAACUGCUUGGCUAUGUGCUAUCAUCCUCACGAUUUGUUAUUUAGCUGGCGUGACUGGGCAGACUUCAGAGCCCUCGUAUAUUGAAUGUGACACAAGCCAUUAGCCACCUCUCCAGUCCUGCCCGUGUGUCAGUCCCCUAAACCCGUCACCUGUUCCUGUCCGUCCCUUAACCCUAUCCCCCAGUACACCCCCUGACCUGGUCCCCAGUAUGAGUUCUUCUCCGCUGGGUUCCCGUGGCAACAUGGACAUUCUGGAGGAACUGCAGCUGAUUGCAGCCCAGAACCUGGAGAUGCUAGAGAUCAACAAGUACUAUGAUGUCAUCAGGGAGCUAGGCAAGGGCACCUACGGCAAGGUAGACCUGGUCAUACACAAGAUCAGAGGCACCAAGAUGGCCCUGAAGUUCCUGAGGAAGAAGACAACCAAGCUGAAGUCGUUCCUGAGGGAGUACAGCAUCUCUCUCUACCUCUCCCCCUGUCCCUUCAUCAUUAACAUGUUUGGGAUUGCCUUCGAGACUGACGACUACUACGUGUUUGCCCAGGAGUAUGCCCUGUCCGGGGAUCUCUUCGACAUCAUCCCUCCACAGGUUGGUCUCCCGGAGACCGUCGCUAAGCGCUGUGUGCACCAGGUUGCCAUCGCCCUGGACUACCUUCACUGUAAGAAGUUGGUGCACCGAGACAUCAAGCCUGAGAACAUCCUCAUCUUCGACCGCGAGUGCCGCAAGGUCAAAUUGUCCGACUUUGGCAUGACACGCCGCGCUGGCUCGCCGGUCAAACGUGUGAGCGGUACCAUCCCGUACACGGCUCCGGAGCUGUGCGACACGUCACGCCACGAGGGCUUCUGCGUGGACUACAGCACGGAUGUGUGGGCCUUUGGCGUCCUCCUCUUCUGCAUGCUGACCGGUAACUUCCCCUGGGAGAAGGCCCUGCCCUCUGACUCCUUCUACCAGGAGUUCACACGCUGGCAGAGGCGCCGCACGGGCACCGUACCCUCGCAGUGGCGCCGCUUCACAGAGCAGGCCCUCCGCAUGUUCCGCAGGCUCCUCUCUGUGGAGCAGGACAGACGCUGCUCUGUCAAAGAGGUGUUUGGCUACUUCAGCCACAGCUGGAUGCUGGAUGGAGACAGCAACGGGAACGGAGGAGGGGGUGGAGAGAGAGAGAGGGAGAGAGGAGGAGGAGGAGUGAGGGUGGAGGGAGACAGCAACGGGAACGGAGGAGGGGGUGGAGAGAGAGAGAGGGAGAGAGGAGGAGGAGGGGUGAGGGUGGAGGGCGAAGGGAGGAGUACGUCGUCCUCGUCUGGGGAGGACGAUGAAGACAUGCUGGUGGAGAGGAUGAAACAGCAGACUCUGUCUCCUCUCUCUCCUCUGUCUCCUGUGUCUGUGGGGACAAAGGCAGGGAUGAUGGAAUCAGGUGGAGGACACCAUUUUGUGUCUGUUUCCACCACCAGCUCCGUAUCCUCUACUAACAGCUAUGAACGCAUGCCCAGAGACAGCAUCAGCAACAACAACCAGCCCUCAGGGCGCAUGCUGGUGGCUACACCUAUAGAGAUCUGUGUCUGAGAGAUGUAUGUGCGAGACGGGCCUGAGAAGGACUGAAACACUGCGUACAGUACACACACACGUACAGACACCUACACUCAUAUACACACACAUAUCCAUACAUACAUACAU